AUCAGCGGUCACGGAGAUCACGUUCAUCUCAACGACGGCCCGACGACAGCGAUGAGACAUUGAGGACGAGGACGCGGUACGCUAGCACGAGUACUCGCGGGGUGUCGUGCCAUAACAGCGGCUGAGCGCGCGCGGUGGGCGGCUUUGCACUGGCCGGCCGCCGCGGAACACCUGUUUGGUUAGUUUUUCGCUCCGGUUUUUGCCUCACCCGGCUGAAAAGACACCCGUGUACCCGCGCAACCCGAAUCACAUUCGCCGCACUCGUGAGCUACUCACCACCCGCUCGGCCCCUCUAACGACGUGGGCUGUCAUCAUCAUGGGCUCCGGACAGACCGGCGCGGCUUCGGGUGCAGCAGCAGCAGGCGCUCCAGCCACUGCACGCGGCGGCGGCGACGAGGAACUGGACCUGCUGGACGCGGUCGGCGGGGGCGUCGUCGCGAGUGCACAGCAGCUCGCACGCAGUCUGCUGGAGAAAGAGGCCGCGGUGCAGAGGCUGCGCGGGCAGGGGGCCGUCCUCCGCCAGGCCCUGCGCGACCAGGACGCCGUCACGGAGCGCGCCGCCCGGGAGGCGCUCCUCACCAGGGCGCGGCUGCGCGGGGCACAGCGCGCCAUCCUGGCGGCCGAGGCCCGGGAGCGGGAGGAGCAGGGCGCGACGGCGGCGGGUAGGAGGGCGGACGCGCUGCGGGCGAGGGACGCCGCGAGGAGGGCGGCGGCAGAGGCGCAGCUCCGGGUCGAGGUGCUUGAGGACCCCGCCGGGCAGGCGUUGCGGCGGCGGCACGCUCAGGCAGGCGCCCUGGUCGCCCAGGUCGCCGUCGAACUCGGCAGCCUGGAGGAGCAGGUCCGCGCCCUGGCGGCCGCCGGCGCACAGCUGCAGGAGGUCGCGGCCGGCGACGACCCCGACCGCCAGGAGCAGAACCUGGAGCGCCGCACCGCACAACUGGAGGCUCGCUGGGCUGGCUUGGCAGGUCGACUGGACAUGAUUGCCUCGGGGCGGACUGCCAUUCCUGCGACCACUCUUGGUAGCGGUCCACCAUUGACCAGACCCUUGUUCCUGGACACUGAAGAGAGUUUUAAUACCUUCCACCGGUUAUGUUUGGAUAUCCAGGAAGUAUGUUCUCUCCUGAAGAAAAAUUAAUUCAUAUCGUGUUGGGUCUGUUAGGAUUAAGAUUACAGUUCAGUGAAGUAUUUAUAAUGUAAAAAGAAAAUGCGUAACAGAAUUUGACACAUGUAUUUUCCACAAAUUCAAACUCUUAUCUUAUCCAGUUCAUAGGUAUAAAUGCAGUACCUAAAAAUGUUACAAUAUAUGUUAGGAAGGAGGCAAAGCAUUAGCUUUUUGGUUUUGAUUUCUUUGAAAUGUAGUACACAUAAUCAGACUGAAGUGAUUUUCCUGCCUUGAAAUAACAUUAAAAAGAUUUACAGUCUUUCCUACAA